ACGAUCAAUUGUAGGAGGAAAGAAGAAAGCUUUUGAUGAAAUGUUAAACCCACAAAAGCAUGAUAAUAUGCCAACAGGAUUUAAUGUAUGCAAAAUUUUGGCCAUUUCAGCCUUCAUUUUGUAUAUUUUGAUCAUGUAUCAUAUUUAUCAAUCAUCCGUCUGCACUUCACCAGUCAACAAAAAACUAAAACAAGCUACUUCUUCACCACCACCACCUCCAUCUCCACCUACAGAUAUUAGGCAACUGGUAUUCACGAUCGCGGGAUCUGUCAAGACUUGGCGCUCCCGUGGAUCGUAUUUCCGAGAAUGGUGGCGGCCAAACGUCACGCGUGGAUAUAUUUAUUUUGAUAAAGAACCCACGGCAGAGUUUCUCCCAUGGCCGUAUGAUAAUUUCCCUCCAUAUCGCGUGUCAGAGAACACCACAAAACUUGUGGUGUACUCUAGACACGCGAAGCCUGACGUUAUCAGGAUCGUGAGAACAAUCCUGGAAUCGUUCAGGGAGGGAGAUAAGGAUGUUAGAUGGUACGUUAUGGGAGAUGAUGACACAAUCUUUUUCUUGGAUAAUUUGGUCCAGCUUUUAGGGAGGUAUGACCAUACCAAAUAUGUCUAUAUUGGUGGUGUGUCCGAAUGUGUUAAGUCGAAUUUGGACAUCUCGUUCGAGAUGGCAUACGGUGGUGGAGGGUUUGCGUUAAGUUACCCGUUGGUGGAGGCUUUGGUCGCGAAUCUUGAUCGAUGUAUAGAGACUUACCCGUUUUAUUUGAAUAGCGAUCAGAUUAUCAGUGCUUGCAUUACUGAUCUUGGUGUUCCUUUUACGUCUGAAAAAGGGUUUCAUCAGAUUGAUCUUGUGCAUAACAUUUCUGGGUUCUUAUCGGCUCACCCACACGCACCGUUGAUCUCCCUCCACCACCUCGACAUCGUCUCUCCAAUAUUCCCCACCAUGGACCGCCAUAAGUCUCUUAGACAUCUCAUGACUUCAGCUAAAGUAGACCAGUCACGCCUUCUCCAACAAACUGUUUGCUACCACAAACAAAAAAACUGGGCAUUUUCGAUAGCUUGGGGAUACUCGGCUUGCAUUUAUGAGCAGUUGAUCCCUCGAAGCAUUCUUAGAAGACCAUUGGAGACGUUUACUCCAUGGAGCUUGAAUCAAACACCACCAUAUAAUUAUAUGUUUAACUCGCGAUUACUCACCACUAAUUCGUGUGAAACUCCACAUAAUUUCUACUUUCAUUCGAUCAGCAAUUUGAAUAAUGAUAAUAAUUAUUAUGAUAGUAAUAGUAAUAUCACAACAUAUGAAGUCAUGACGACCUAUGUUCGUUAUAAGCCCCGUGAAUUGCCGCCUUGUUCUCCACAUCAUUCUGCGGAUUAUAUUACAAAGAUUCGAGUUUAUUCUCCGGCAACAAAACUAAACUUUGUUGGAAAUAGAGGGGAAUGUUGUGAUGUAUUGAAUGUUGAUGGCAAUAAUAACACCGCAGAAGUCAGGAUAAGGGCUUGCAAGAAGACUGAGAUCAUAAUAUAACACGGCAGAAGUCAGGAUAAGGGCUUGCAAGAAAACUGAGAUCAUAAUACUUUAGAAUACAUAUAUGUAAUGUAUAUACAUGUAUACUUUAUUAAUUAAUUUCUAGUUAUUUUUUUCA